AUGCUCGCUUCAACUCUACCCAAUCUCAAGCUCGCCGUCAUACUAAAGGAUGCUUACCGUGAGGAGCCACCGAUGAUCAACAUCGACUAUCGAACUCGCAGGAAACUAUUGCACACCUAUCGCCUGAAAGCAUCUCUGAAGGUACUGAAGGUCAUCAUUUUCGGUCUUUUGCUCGCGGAUGACUACGCGCCCAACGGCACAGUGAAUGUGAACAUGCGGAGAAGUGUGUAUCUCUUCGCCCCUAGCUAUUUUAACUUCGGCCUGACCAUCAGCAGGGGAAAGACAGCGGUCCAGCACUAACCAGCGCCAAAUGAUGACUGCAUCGAAUCCCUAUCAAUGUCAGUGAAACUUCUAUACUUCACAGCAGAGGACACCUUUCGUGCCCUGAGAGUGAAAUUUCAAGAGACACCAAGAACUACGACGAAAUCACAAGUCGGAUUCCGAAAGCCAGUUAAAGCAAUCCGUUUGUGUUGGUCUCGGCAUCUUAUUCAACCCAAAACUGAGGACGUACAGGGCUGUUGCAAGGCGAGGAGAUGCUUACUGCUUACGAAGAGAAAGUUGACAGACUCAUGGAAGAGGACUGAAGGUGAAGUGGCAAGAACCCAGAUACUAAGAUCCUGGAAAGAGCCGGCGCCAAUAAUUUCCACGCCAUAAUGAGGUAGAUACAGUCGCGACAAUCGGCCUCAUCAUUUGGAUAUACGACGAGUGCCUUCCUAUGGUGAAACAGCUACAGGUAUUCUCAGACAGAGCUGACAAAAGCGCCUCUAAGAGGACACCUUGAAGACCUCGCUCAGGCACCCGUAAAUCAACUCGGUGACCUGGAGGAAUCUCACUCAAGUUCGACAGGCAUCGCGGACUACCGUAAAGACUAAAACAGCCAUCUCCUAAGCCAGUCGAAUAGCUGCCGCGACAGCGGAGAGGGAGGCUCACGAGACUGAACUGCUACGGACAAUUGGCGCGAACGCCUAAUCCCGGUCAGCGUAUUCAAACUGUCAAUGGACUGCCUGUCAAUGCCUCGAUAGAUAACUGUGGACUCAAUGUAUUGGCAAUAAGAUUAACCCCUCCCUCGUGCCACAGUACACUAAAACUACAACGGGGCAACGGGCUCGUGGCCCGGUGGGUAGAGGCGUGAACUUCUAAACCAAAAGGUCGCGAGUUCGAGGCUCGGGUGUUCCACACUUCGGGCUUGGGUAUGGCUGGCUGACGACGGCUAAUAAGCCAGAAACGGUCAUUCCAGUCUCCCUUGUCUUUGUCGGGAAUACCAUUCUGACUAAAACUACUGUUACCGCUAGCGACACCAGUGAGGACACUCCUGCCGUCUUGCAAAACAUCACCACCACGGCCUUUUCCACCAUAAAUCUGGACUCCAUUCUUACUUGUCCCCAUCGCGACAACAUUUUGUCCUGAUACAUGGGCCUGGUCGGUCACUUGGGAAUCCAUCGCUUCACCCUGUGACUCCGACCCACAUCCCUCACGCAAACCACGUCUGCUUACGGUGUUUCAGGACACUCAGACACCGCAUGAAUCUAAUCGGCCAUACGAAUAUCCGUGACAGCGGAAUUCGAGGCAGUUUCAUCAGGACAAGCCUACUUGGUACGUCUGAAAACUUCUCUACCACCAGCACUACCAACUCUACCGUCGUCAGCAUCGCCACCGCAAUCAGCUCACUAGCCACGGUCCCAUCCUGUCCUAACUACCACAUCAGCCGGGUCGAUCACUGAGACUGGCAUACCCCUGUCAGGAACCCCUAUACACGCCCGUCGCACAACUUUCAUCCAGGACAUUCGGUCGCCGCAUGGGCCCAUUCUUCAUACGUGUCUCCAUGAAUGUCCACGACAAAACACCGCACUCAGGACUCCGUCAUCACACGCUGCCCUGCCUGACCAUAUAUGCCUCCCCAGAUUACGUAUGAACCCCUAUGCCCGUAAGAAGCAUACCUCUUCCUCGUAGGAAGCUUGCUAUCUGUGUCGUUAUCGUACGUAUGGCCGGCGUAGCUUCACAUAUCAGCACAUACACAUCCCACGUAAGUAGGACGCCUGUUUUCUGAUGUAUCCCCGUGAACGAAGUGGUCAGACUGUGCGUUGUACACGUAGACGGGAUGUGUAGCUUGGUAAGCAACUGUGCCUAAUCUAAUUAGCAACUAACCGACGGGCUCGAACAGUUGACUGGUGUAUGGGAGGGGGAGCAGAGAGUGAGCCAACACUAUGAAUCUGUUCCCAUGACAAAUCUGACGCGCGUCUAAACUAUCAAGACGCGCUAAAAGUCACGGUUUUGGAGAUUCCCAACUGACAGGAUGACUCGGUCCUCGUGGUCAGCCUUCUGGGUAUACAGAGUGACUGACUGGAGGGGUCAAAGUCAAUUGCUCCCUCUCAAUUCAGCCUCCAUGGGGCUCUCAAGCACGCGAGAUCCGAGCUGCCCUUCAGGAAGGUCUGGUGCAUUCUACGAAGUCACGUCGCGUAUGGCAGGUGCAAACGGGUUGUUUCGUUCUGCUAGCCACUGCGACAGCGUUCAACUCCAAUUGUCUUGACAUCGGAAAAAGGUGGGUGAGGGAGAAGAGAGUGCAGUGUACACCGCACAAGUCUGUCUCACUACAAACCAAUUCGCGCGCAAGUCAGUUAUGUUGCGUCCAUUCAGUGAGGCACACGGUGGGCGCCGUCACUUCCGACUAUUGAACUGUUAUGACUGUCAUCUUCAACCGCCGUGGUACCUUAUCCGGCUAUCGCGCUUAUGGUUUUACCUAGUAAGAUACCGCCUACUGAGAAACUACGUGACGCUUGUCAGUAGAUGUUGUUUAUGUUGCUCGCCACACACAAGAAUUAGACCACAUGUUAUUGAUUUGCAGUCCCAAAACAAAAUUUUUCCACCGGAGUGCGAAAUCCUUCCGCUGUCUCUAUUUUGAUGAACAUACAACAAGUCUGACCCGGUUACACGAUGAUAACGAUCGGCCAUGGAUGUGCGUAGACGUUAAAAGAUGAAUAUAGAAAGGGCGGUAAACGAUAAAAAUACCGUUAGCAAAUUCCCACCAAAAGGAAUUUCGGUUGCUGAUACGAUAGCUCACUCAGAUAACACGUUCAGGCGUGUAUACAUAGGGCAGCCAGUUUAGGCAAAGGUUGCGCCAUGUUGCGCUGACACACACGUAGGCGAAUUUACGGUCUGCGGCUUUGUUCCGCCCUUGUCAUUGGCCAAUGCCUUUGUUCCAGAGGCUCACCCGACUGCCGAUUGGUCAGUCUAUCGCCAAUUGGAUUCCAGCGCCGGUCGUGUUCCAUUCAGCACCUGCAGCGUGAGCAUUUGAAGGAGCCGAAUACACUGAUGGCGUCGGCUUCCUUUUUGACAACUACUCUGGGAAAGAAAAAUGAGGUGGAAUUCUACAACGGAAUCUCCGCCCAAUGGAGUGAAAUGCGCAAAAGUGGGCAGCUCUGUGACUGUGUUGUUGCUGUAGGCUUUUCCAUUUCUGAGAUGACUCCCGUGGAAAAUCACCCUUUUGUAGAUUGGCAGUCUAAAUUUUCCCGCGCACAAGGCUGUUUUGACGGAACGAAUACCAUUUUUCGCCGAUGUCUUCUUGUGCAAAAAGCCAAGGGAGGAUUUAAUGCAGGCGUUAAAAAAGAUAAAGCCUAGGUACAUUGCCGACUAUGCUUUAUGGGACUGCAGUAUUCUAGAAGCGCUGCUACUGUUUGCUUACGAAAGAAACAUCACAAUUACGGACGAAAAUGUCGAUGACUUGGCAGUGGCAUCACGGACCCUUGGAAUGGAAGAAGUAAAGAUGGCCUGCAUUCGGUACAUUUGCCAGCGGUAAGCUACUUAUCACUUAAAUUUGUGAGCACUAAAACACAAUGCUAGAGGGGAAACCCGGAUACUCUCUGUUGUGUUUAUGUAAAACAUCUCUUUUCACUGUUUAUCCUUUUUAAUUAAGAACAAGUGCGUCCAGCAUGCUGCACCUUAUUUUUGAGUCAAUGAAAUGCCUGCUUCUAGACCUGACGCCUUCCUGUUUUAUGAGAUCACGAUUCAAGUAUUUUCGCCAAAAAGUGAUUCGCCUAACUUAGUCAACACUAGACAACCUUUCAGCACGCGUCAAACCUCGUUACACAUUGGCUGGAGUUUUGAAAAGCUUGGCAACUGUGGGGUGUUUAUGGACGCCCAUGUGUUUUUUUCUGCAGCACAUUAUAUGGGCUGUUGUUAAUACUGCCUCUGAAUUACUCAUAGUCGUACAAUCUCAUGCUUGCCACGGAAACUCCUAACAGCCAGCAUGCAAUUUAGAAACCUCAAGCUCAUAUUAAAACACGGAUUUCACCAGCAAUCUGAAGGAAGCGACUAGCUUCCGUAAAACCGAAAUGAACCCCUCUAUAUGCACAAGAUUCGAAAAAGACGUACUUUUCCACAAGCCUCAUAUAGUAACUGAAAUUAUCCUACAACCUCUACGAGGAAUGCAAUUGUACAGGUCUCAAAAUGCAACAUAUGCCACAGAAGCGAUUAUUUUGUCGCGAGUUUAAUGUGGAAGUGUAAUGCAAUGUUCGCACAAAAGCAACAUCCGCGUGUGUUAUCUGCAGAUUGAUUCACAACUAAUUCAUAUUAUAACCUUAUCCGAGCACUAUUUCUCAUUCGGGUAACAAUCGGGAGAUGGCACCCAAAAAAUCCGUUACCUAGAAAUAAUGCCUUUAACAGUGGACUCAAACGCCUUCAGGCUAUAUCAGCAGUUGCGGGCCUACUUUCACACACUACUUGGACUUUCCCCGACGGCCUAACAUGGGCUGGCCGAACGAACAUCACAGGAGGUUACAUGGACGAUGGUUGCUGUUACCCAACCUUCCCCAUCGUUAAACCCGUACACCUGAGUAUGCGGCAUACAUUCGCAUUACGGCAGUUUAUUACAAAACAAAAUCAUCCUUAAAUAGGAUAAGUCUGCACAACAUGGGACAGGAACAGUUCCCAGGCAUCUGUCAAAAACAUGACAUUGAAGCCAAACCAAAGACGAUACUGUACUUCGUCUAUGUGAGCCCACACAGCUCGACCACAUACAGGGCCUGCCUCGUGGAGUUUCCUUGUCAGUCUACUCCAUUAUGCCUCAAUGACAUUGGUGUGCCGUCCGGUGGUAGGGUUCUUGAAGUUCUUUGAGUGUUUAACAGAGAAAUGUAGAUAACCUUCUGAGGGAAGACGAUUAUACGCCUCCCACUCGUCCGUUACCACUAUACUGCCUUUGGCGACCCAUUUUGUAAUAACGGAACGGAGAGCGGGCCAACUUCGAUCAUUCACUUGUUCAAAUAAGGCUUUCCGUCGGCUAGUAUCGUACAUCCCGACCAGCCACCACCCGUAAAACACCUAUUACCACCUGUCCCGUAAGACAGGCUGCUUCGGUUAGGCGGAUUUUGUGGGUGUCAUCUCCCGAUUGUUACCCUCAUUCGAAAGCAUUCCUUGAUAGUUCUAUCAUCAGUUGGUUUGUUUCGACGUCUACUGCAGAGUCUUGCCCAGCCUACGGGUUUAACCCCCUACUAUUCCUUAAACUUGUAUUUUUUUCGACCUAUAUUUAUUGUUCAGUUUACUGAUACCGAUACUUUUGCGCGGUAGGUUAAACAAGGACACUGUGAUGAGGGCGAUGGAUUUCGCGAGGGAGAACCAAUUGCCUGAGUUACUAGACGCCUGCCGACUCUUCUUCUGUGGAUCCUUUGAAAGUCUCCUUGACACAGAAGCCUUCCGACGCCUGACAGCCGAAGAUAUGCUCCGGAUCCUGAACAGCGACCGGCUGAACGUUUCUGACGAGUCAGCCGUCUUUAGAGGCCUCCUUGCAUGGAUAAACAGUGAGACUGGCGAGGCGAGGAAAGACUGGUUCCCGCGACUGUUUCCACUCGUUCGUCUGCCGCUUCUUUCCCGGGACUUUUUGGAGCAUACGGUGGCGAAGUGUGAACUCUGCCGAGAUGACGAGACAUGCAUGUACGUGAAACUGGUGUGUUUUGUUCGUCUGAGGUUGGGGCCAUCUAGUACCGCCCACCCGUGUGUCAUCCUGCAUCUGUUUGAAGAGUAAAAUAGGCACAGAGAGCUAAAAGUAGGCAGUAUACAUUGUCAAUAGACCAUACGGGAAAUCGCUGGCUCCCAUCUCUGACCAGAGGGUAACCGAGUUGCCAACUGGUUCGCUCGACUUGUCUGACUAAAUUUCACAAAUGUUUUCGUACUAAGGACCUUCUAGUGCUGAUUCAGCAUAGCCGUCGCCUUGUCACGUUGAGAGUCAAAUUGCCAAAACAGGAUCCUGACUAAGUUCGAACACCGGCAAAUUUCACUCUAACAGCCGUUCCACUUUACUGAAAACUAGCGAGGUUGGUUGCUCAUCGCCGUGUUUCUCGGGUUGUUGAAUGUUUACCAGCCAGGUGCAUGGUUUGUCUCCCUUGGCUCUCACCGCCGCUGCUGUCCACUUCAGGGGUUCUUUCUAGUUCUGUGAAAGUGAAGACUGCGGGACAAAAAUAUGCUCCUAAGCAGGCUGUGGGCUUUUCUACUUUGUCAUUUUGCCAAAUAACCUGUCGAUCAGGCUGAUUUCUGUGGAAAAGGGAAGUAACAGAGCUUGUGUUAAAAAUGGAGAUUUUAAUGUGUACCGUCCUUUGUCUCUGUCAACAACGUCCUCCAGUUAUGGAUUUCCAGUCACUUUGAGGCCACCUACACGGACUCGAGACCUGGAGCUUCUGUAUCGGUUGGCGCAUGUCAUUAGAAGUGAUUUCUAGGGUGAACUUCUUUUUGGGAAAAGUAAAAAGUUAAGGCGCGUUGGAGGAUUGCCAGAGGUCAUAUUUGCGUCAAAUGUUUUUAUUCAAAUGCCAAGCUACAACCUUGAAGAUUAUCCAUUCAAAUAAUGUUAGAUAUGAGAAUCAAUUCGUGUAUUUUAAAAGCUACUAUACAUUACAUCUUAUUCAAAGCAUUGUCCGUUGACAGCUGUAACCUUUCCCAUACCCCGGGUAACACAUGGAUUCCGCGGUAGAAAAUCUGUUGAUCUUUCGAGGAAAUCCAUUGGUCGAGCCCAUUUUUUACUUACGCAUAGGAACUUGAGCGCUAUUCAUCUAGAUAAUGCUCAAUUAACUGAAACAAAUGGCAAUCAGAUUUGACAAUGUCUAGGAGUGCAUUCCGCUAAAGUGCUGUUGGAUAUAAAAGCCCUUGUCACACUGCCAGAAAUCAGCUGGGAAGAGUUUAAAGUUUGUAAUUAAAAUUAGUGACUAUGUGUAAAUCGAAAUGUUGCGUACAAAUGGCAAAUAUUGCUGUUAACUAUAGGCAGAAGGUAUUACCGACAAAGACAAGGGAGACUGGAAUGGCCAUUUCUGGCUUAUUAGCCGUCGUCAGCCAGCCAUACUCAAGCCCGAAGUGUGGAACACCCGACCUGUUGGUUUAGAAGUCAACGUGUCUACCCACCGGGCCACGAGCCCGUUGCCCUGUCGGUUUUCAAUCGGGAAUAUACAAUGGUGGGGGGCGCCACGAGCCCGGUGGGUAGAGGCGUGGACUUCUAAACCAACAGGUCGAGAGUUCGAGGCUCGGGUGUUCCACACUUCGGGCUUGGGUAUGGCUGGCUGACGACGGCUAAUAAGCCAGAAAUGGCCAUUCCAGUCUCCCUUGUCUUUGUCGGUAAUACUUUCUGCCUGUAUAUCAUGCGCCGCUGUGCGGCUGCUGGUUGGGCUCGAGAGAGAGCCCUUAAGGCACAACGGAACGAGUGAGUUCCGUAUGAACGAUCGGUGAGCGCCCCCUACCAUUGUUGUUAACACUGAUCUCUGGAGAAUACUGCAGUCGUGCGUAGACGGACUGCCCAGUCUCGACUCUUUUUCAACCUCUGUCCUAGAAGUCCUUGUCUUUGGAAGUAACAGCUUGAGCCCACUGAAUUCCCUAACAGGUUUACAGUUAAAGAAUCGGAUAUUCCCAGAGAAUGUCAGUAAUAGUUAAACGAUUGCCAAGUACCGUUACCAACUGCGAUGAGUACUCGUCAAUCGAGAGUUCAAAAGAGAACUGGGAAUCAGUGGCGCGGCGACCGCCUAUUUACCCUUCUGUCGUGAGAGGUAGAGUUUGGCUAAAUUCAAAAUGUUCAGCGAAAUACCGACGUCCCGACGGUCCAGUCCCCUUUCUAGGUCAAUUUAUUAGGGGAACUAGGGGCGUAAUGAUAAUCUACCCAACACGACUGCAAGCUUGACUAUUCCUCAUCCCGUCUUCCUUACGCCGUCUUCACUGGCGGUCUGCUAAUAUACCAAUCUAGUUGUGGUUACCGGACAUGAACGGCAGUUUGAACUGUAGAACUUGAGGGCAGACUCCCGAAUCACUGAGUGCGACUAUGCCAGGUGGGCGACAGCGAAUUGCUGAAUCCAGAAACCAGCUACAUGUUAUAGGGCAACCACAUAAAGGCUUGAGGUUUUCACACAGCAUAAAUACGUACACUUCGGCUCACAACCGGGAUGCACGUUACUCCCUUGUGGCCGAAUAUGCUCUAUUUCGGCCGACUUGUCGAGAUUCGCAGCGUAGGGGUGAUAGCGGCGCUCAGUGAUCAACUGAUUUGGAUUCGAAUCCCGAAUAUGCAUCCCGGAGUUUGGUUGAUUCUGGCUGUUGACGAAAAAUAAACCAAGAAUGCCCGUUCCAGCGUUCUACGUCAGCCUUAGACUCUCAGCUCCAAAGCAAGACAGCAGUUAAAUAAACCUGUUCCUGAGAGCCAAUUUUCUUCUUCUAACAAGACAGAAAUGUCCACCUUAACUCCCAUGCAACACGUUGUGACUUGACUCGGUAAGAACAUGAACUGUAUACGUGCUCGUCGCAACCGCCAACAUGGCCAAGAAAUGAAACGCGAUCGGCCACAACAAAAUGUGUUGGUACCUGCAAGUCAUUCUCACCAAAACAAAAUCUGCGCUUACUUGUAGCAUGCGACUCAGGUUGGCCAGCAUUCUAUCCAAUCCGCUUCAAGGUGAAGGCGCUAGAAGAGCCGGACGACUUCUCGCAGAGAUUAACCAAUCCAAUUCCAAGGAAGCGUUCUGUCUACAGCCAAUGGCGAGACGCUGUCGAAAGUCUGCAGCCACAUGCAUGCAGCACGCAACGGAUGACGCGAGCGCACACGCAGAAUCGCUUUGGGAAUGGGGGCGUUCCCGCUCUCCAAAGUCCCCACAUGUUUAACCGGUUUGCAGCGCUGAAUUACAUUCUACUUGGAGAGAAUAGACACCUCAUGAAAGGUUUAGAUGAGCGCCUUCCGGAAUGUUUUUUUUACGAGAACCCUGCUGUAGUCACUGGACUACAACGUAGGAGAGAUUGAAGGCUUCCGUCAGUAGCAUCGAGACUAGUCAAGAGAGCUAGAAAAAUUUUAUGAGAUCGGCAAGGGGCGACGAUUUACCGUAGAAAUGGUGUUACAACCUCCAGAUCCAGCGGAAUAUGAGAGGGAAAGUGAAGACGACCACGAUGCUGGACCGAAAUACAGAGGAACAGCGCUGUCAGCUCCACACGUUCCCGUUUGGCCCCACUGUCAGCCAGCAUUCAGGGCUGACAUUUUCCUUUGCCCAAAUCAAGUCGAAACACCAAUAGCAACUUCGAUAGUACGCUGAGGAACAUUAUAAAUGAAGGCGAAAUUUCGAGUUCCAGGUGUAUGUAUAAGUGAAGAAGAGUCGAGCACCGGAAUACUUUGUUUAUUGUCUUGAGCUUCCAGACUAGGAGUCCAUCGUCAGAGGUAGUGGAAGCAACAGAACAAACGACAGUUAUAGGGCACGUAGGCGAAUCACCGACCGACGACGCAAGACUGGAGGUGACUACGCAGGACUCUAUACGCCGGCGCCAGAUCGAUAAAUCGAUUGACCGAGUUCUCAUCCGAGACCCAGGCUUCAAUCAAUUCUUGGCCUGUUUUGUUUCCGGCGUGGUGGCUGCGAAGUUAAACUCGUGACCCAUUUCGUAGAUGUGGGCGGCCACUUGUGAUAAUGCAUCGCCUCGUCGCACAGCCAGCUUAUGUCCGUGUAUGCACGAUCCGAGCAUGCGCCCAGUCUGUCCUGUGUAGCUAUAAGAAUAAUUUUGACACGGGAUGCGAUACACUACUCCAGAUUGCUCUUCAGGCUUUAACCGGUCUUUGUUUUUCAUGACCCUAUCGCGCAUGGUGGCUUUGGGGCGGUGUGCAAUUCCAACACUUUGCUCCGCAGCAAUGCGCUCGGUCGCUUCUGUGAUUCUGCCAUACAUCAAGGGAGUUUCAGAAGCGACCGAGCGCAUUGCUGCGGAGCUAGGUGUUGGAAUUGCCGACGAUAUCUCGACAUGUCGGCCGAAAUAUGGAAUAUUCAGCCACAAGUGAGUAGCUGAAACCUCCGAAUACAUGGCAGCGUCGGCUCUCAAAAUCCCCAGCUCACCAUCCAAAAAGACUCAGAUAAUUACGGUGGCUAGCGUAAGGAAUUUUGCUGUUUGUAUGUCGGAUCACUUUCCCAUUUCCUCAAGUUUUGUAUAAUUAGUUUCAUUGGGCAUCUGAAGACAUCGGAUGCAUGAUCCAUGGUACUUUUUAUUGCCUUUAAAACAGGAGGUUGAUAGACAGCGUACGCGGCGGUGCGAGGGUCGAGGACUCAGCUCUUCAAAAGCGCCGGUUUUGGCGAGACACUUCCAGCGUCCUGUUCACCGUUGGAACGCCUGUCAGAAAACACUACACCAAGGAGAAGAAGCCUGAGUGUGUAAUUGAAGUCUACAACAGGAGAGUUAGUCAGUGGGAAGAACUUGGUCGAUUUCUUUCUGAUGCAAACGUCUUCGUCGUAAUUAAUGGUAAAUUUCCUUCCAGCUGUCACGUGCAUACUUGUUCCAUUUCAUUUUUACGCAAAAGCAGUUCGGACGACGGCGUCCCCCAUGUGUCCCACUAUAUGGCGAGCUCAGGGCGGUGACUAACCCGUGAACCGUACCGCGCCGCGGAGGCGGCGUCCGCGAGAGCGACGAGCCCUGUGUCGCCGAAGGUCGUCGCUGCAAAAGUGUUGUGGCCUCCUUGCCUCUGUGUUGUCUGUUCCAAAUCACGUCCGCAAGGGUGGCGUCCCGUGUGUGCACUUGUAACCAAUCAGCGAAAGAGAAGGUGCGUUGAUUGGCUCCGAGCCCACGCGAAGGUGGUGGCGAGCCUCGCAUUGUGCAGGCAGAGAAUCGGCCAGGUGCGUGGCGCAGACAGCGAACUGUAACGAGACAAAUUGAAGCCGGGCAGACGUGCGUACCAUAGCAGGCUGUCUCUAGGUGCAGGCGCUAGCGAGAGACGCGACGUAGCCAUUAUCCCGUCAGUUGGCAACCUUUCAAGCCACGGCUUUUAGCGCACUGCGAUAGUUUGUAAUGAGGAAGAUGCGCCGAGUAGUCAACCCUACUCUUCAUUCCCUAUCUUAGGCCUCAGCCACUGUCAGUCGUCUGGUGCGAGGGAUGGGCGCAGUAGCUGACAAAGCUAGAGAGCUUGUCUGCGCACGCCACGCGCACGACCUGACCCCAAACGCACACACUACGAUUCCAUACACAGGGGGACAGAACACUCUGAUUUCACAUGCCGCAGAGGAGCCGCAUGGAGAAAUGAGCCGGAAAGCACACUUCCCAUUUACGUGAGGUGUGCGGGUGAUGUGGGAUUUUGAAGGUGUGUAUGCGUGGUGCAUGUGUUUGUGGGGUGAUGUGUGGUGAUGUGGUCGUGUCUGUGAGGAUUUAUCACAGGUUUUAAUUGAUGCGCACGUAACCUGAUGGGUUCAUGCGGUGGAAGAAUGUACGAGGGCAAGCGGGCAGCUGAGGUGAGUGCGUCUGGUGUAUGUUGGUGCUCCAGACACUGGUUCGGCAGUCUUCCUGCGGUGGGUUUGCAAGUGACCGACCAGGUCGAUGCGCGAGGUGAAUGUGCGGUGACAGCGUGGGCAGGGUAGAUAAGGAGCUGCUAGUAGUUGGUGUCCUGGGCGAUGGGACGUUGAUUGGGUUGGACACGGGGGCUCUGCUGGCUGUGCCGAUACUGCUGUGGAUGCGCAUGUGACCGAAUAGGCUCAUCUGGUAAGUGAAUGUGCUAGGGCGGUGGGGACAGUUGAGGCGAGUGUAUGGGACCGCCCCAUGCACGGGUUUACCAGUCCCUGUGCGUUGUAUUUGCAAGUAACUGACUAGGUCGAUAUGUGAGGUGAAUAUGCGGUCGCAAUGAGGACGUGUUGGGACCGAGUCCACAUCGCUGGGGCUGGUGAUGGUGAACGUGUUGGUGGUUGAUGUGACGUCAGCAGCGUUUCGAUCGGUGACGGUGGUGAUAGAAAUGGUUGUGCUCGUCGUCGCCGCCGCAGUGAUUUUAGCAGAGAUAAAGGAGGUGGCGACGAUCGACGACACUGCAGCACGGGGAUUCGGAGCAACGGUGGUGAGGGUGGGGGCCGUCAUGGUCGACAUGGAGGCAGCAGUGGGGGCAGCAGUUGCAGUCAUCGGUUGGUGCACUGGGUCCGAAGAUGACCGACGAGGCCUAUCGGUGUGUGGAGUGUUCGUUGACAGUGUGGGCACGUUGGUUGAGGUUGAGUAACGAUGAUGUGAAUCCGUUUGUACGAUCUUUAGCCUGAUCCAUACAGCCUUUAAAUUUGUUAUAACAACCUACUUUUGCCUAACCAGUAGCAUUUGUUUUUAAAUUACACAAAGAAAGCAUAUAUUGCCUUGGGUCUCGCUCGUUUACGGAAGAAAGUGCAACCGUGAACGUCUUUAAUACCUUGGAAAGGCGGUACGGUACGGUGGCUUCAAUGCACAAGGCGCGGUAUUUGACGGCGGCUGUUGUCGUCAAACAAAGAAUAUUCGUAUGCGGGGGCACGGACACCUCUUGUGAGAUUUACGAUCCACCAACGAACACGUAAGUCAGCAAAAAUGUCCAAGUCGUUUGUCUUUGUUGUUAAGUGAGAUUUCUGGAUUAAAAAGCUCAGAUCAACAUUUACAAAAGCUGAAUGGUGAGUAUGGUAGAGAGUAUUUUAAUGUAACUCUAAGGGUCGAGCUGUCACAUAUAAACAUGGUAUCUAUGCAUAAGGUCUUAUCACGCAACAUAACUCAUAAGUAAACUGAUCAAAUCAGUGGUGUCGCCUUUUGUAAGUCUUAUAUGAUCAUAAAUUUUUGGUUACUUAAGAAGCACUGGAGGGGAUGUGAACUUUGUAAAGUUAAGAUCAUUGCCGCAUUCAUCCUAUUUGCGCGCACUUGGUCUUUUUGAACUCUGCAACUUUUGUACGCAUCAAUUUUUCUUUAUUUAUCCGCGGACAAACCACUGUCUUUGAUGACAUUUCUUUUUUUCACUUCAAAGCCACUUCACAGAAGCUCAAAUGCUUGAAUAUCCGCUCUGCAAUCUAAAGUCCCAAGACGUUGCUAAAUGGCGACGUACGUAGAGUGAUUGAAGGUAACUGAAAUGAACCAUCACACCGAUUUUGUCGACUUCGAAACUCCAGGCCAUGAUACACGAUAGUACAUUAGGUGGGCUAACUCAUGAAAUAUCAACCGAGAUUCCGAAAUGUUUUUUCUUCUCGAAGAGAUUCAUUUAGUAUGGUUGCAAAACUUAUCAUCCAGCAGCAUAAUUCUAUGAUAAUUUAGUUGCCUCAGGAUGCCGACUUUUGAACGCACUUCUUUCCGGCUGAAUGUAAAAACGAUACUCUGUAAAAACGACUACUUAUGUAACAUGCAUUUUUUCAUCGAUUUUUGAUGCCCUUAAAAACUAUAUUAUAUUUCGUGGAAAACAUGCAUAAAAAUAUUCAUUCUUUUGCUCAUUCGAUAGAAAAUAACGUCUUCGAAUUCUACACUCGGUUUUCAAGAAGUUUCUAAUUGUGAGAUUUUUUUAAUACCGUGAAAUGGCCGUUCAUAAAAUGUCAUGUUUCUGCACCUAUCAAUGUGGCUUGUAAAGUUAUCAAUAUGCCUCAAAUCCACUGCUAAAGUUAAUGAACCCCAUAUGGUCUCCUCUUAAUACCGUAGAGAAAAGUAUGGUUUUCCGCACGCGGAAAAUAUACAGCCUGUAGUUUGGAAACCCUGAAUGCAAGUGUAACGGCAAGUCGACGACCACAAUUAUUCGUGAAUUGGAGAUGUUUUUGAAAACCAAAUUAUACCCUUCAUUCGAGUCUAAAACUGGAAUAAGGUUUAUGUUUCUGUCGAAUGAGUGUAAGACGGAAAGAAGACGUUAUUUUCCACCGAAUGAGUAAAAGAAUGAAUACCUUUAUGCAUGUUUUCCGUGAAAUACAAUAGAAAUUUUAAGGACAUCGAAAAUCAGUGAGAAAAAUACAUGCUACAUAAGGAGUCGUUUUUUACAGGGUAUCGUUUUUGCAUGCAGUCGGAUAGAAGCUCGUUCCAAAGCCGGCAUCCUGAGGCAUCUGAAUUAUUAUAGAAUUAUGCUGCUGGAUGAUUAUUUUUACACCCCUAAUUAACUAAUCUUUUGGAGACGAAAGCACAUUUCAGAAUUUCGGUUGAUAUUUCCUGACUUAGCCCACCUACUGUACGACCGUAGACCCAACGAGGUCUGCUGCGUGCCCCAUUGCAGGAACGAUGAAUAGCACGUGAAUUAAUUUACGAGGGUAAACGUAGGCUGCAUCUACUGCACUCUCCCCUCCCUCACCCUCCUGGGUUUGAUGUGAAGGCAGAUUCAAGAAUACCGAAAGUAGGAUUAGGCCCAGGUGAUUGGUGCAACGCGAACCUGCGCCUAGGCGUGCUACAACCACCCCACCCCCAUGUACGGCAUUCGUUAUAGGUACUCCGCCCAAUAACGUGUACCGUACCCUGAUCUGGCCUCUGUGUUGGUGCCGCUCAGCUCCCGCGCGACCCCUUUUCAAGGACAUUUAUAACAUGCAUAAAGAAUGAUGGACACACAGCAGAUUAAAUUUUUUCACAAAAUCAACAUUAGAUUAGCAAGAUCUAAUCAGAGAAAUUGUUGUGUACGUGCUGCAAAGCCACCAAUUUUUAACAUUUCCUCCUUUCGCGUGAGCAUAUAAAGAGAUAAUAGAUAGAUUUUUCACUUUUGCCGGCCUACAGGGAACUCGUUCAUUCACCUUCAUAGUCCCUAGUGCUUCCAUUACUUUGCACACUAUGCCACCGGCUAUCUCUCGUGGGGUUUUGUCAUUUGCACCAAGUGCCUGGCUGCAUAAAAUAGUUAUUCCACUUGGAUCAUCCAUGAAAUAAAAUUGUUUUGAGGGCAACGGCCAGGCUAGGGUCAGCGACCGAAGUUGGAUAAAUAAAAAACUGAAUUUAACAUAUAUAAAGGUGGUUUUAUUGUGUAAAUCCUGAGCCGCGCCUGUGUUCGCCUGUUUGUUGAAGUAGUCAGACUCGGAUCCAGUCAGUGGCCAAUUUUUCCAACUUCCGCGACACUCUUAAACAGUGACUUUCAGGCUAGGUUAGCCACUGCUGCAGAUCUCAUCUCUUGUCGCCUUUUCAUCAGUUGGAGAGGGGAACGAGAGUAUGGCCGAUUCUACCCAAUCAAUCAGAGCCGCAGUCGAGCCUCCAUGAUGCCCCGGAAUUCACAGUUUAGAUAACUUCCAACCGGCAGUGAAAUAUGACUCUCAAGAUGAGGACUUAGCCUCCAAGGGUUUGCUGCGAGCAUGAGUUUGUGGUACAAAUGCGUCACAUGAAAAAAGGCUACCUCGAUAGAGUUACAAUGUAGGAAGUCAAACAAUUUCAUAAAUGAUAGCGUGCUUGCCACGCCUUUCACCUACUUGUUUAAAUUGCACUGGCGAGGAAAUCCAUCCCCCUGAUUCUGCGUUUAUUUUGAAUUUAUAAAGCGGGUGCACGAUAGCUCUUCCAUCAUAUAUAUAUAUAUAUAUAUAUAUAUAUAUAUAUAUAUAUAUAUAUAUAUAUAUAUCAGGUGAAUAAUUUCAGAAAUUAAUCAGUGCAGAACUUGGAGUUAAAUCUCCGGGACAUGACUUUUUAGGGUCAGAACCGAAAUUUCAAUGAACAUUUGAGUCGAAGACAAUCAACUACUGUGGAAUAACCACGUAAUGCCCAUUCUACAGACAAGUAGUACUACAAGUAGUAUGAAUUCCAUAUGGUAAAGGUAUUAUACCGUACUCCCGACCUAGAUACUUGCUAAAAGCCCAGACACGUGUUUCGCCGAUAUUCUGCCGCUGCGUGACACAGCUGCGAGGGGUUCAGAGAUUUAACUCCAAGUUCUGCACUGGUUAAUUUCUGAAAUUAUUCACCUGAUUAUUCUCUGGAGUUCAUAUACCGGAAACCGCUAGAGAACGCUGGGGGUCCCACUGAAGAGCCUAACCCCUCGCAGCUGUGUCACGCAGCGGCAGAAUAUCGGCGAAACACGUGUCUGGGCUUUUAGCAAGUAUCUAGGUCGGGAGUACGGUAUAAUACCUUUAAUAUAUAUAUAUAUAUAUAUAUAUAUAUAUCACAAUGGUAGGGGGGACUCACCGAUCGUUCAUACGGAGCUCACUCGUUCCGUUGUGCCUUAAGGACUCUCUCUCGAGCCCAACCAGCAGUCGCACAGCGGCGCAUGAUACAUAGGCGGAAUGGCAUUACCGACAAAGACAACAGAGACUGGAAUGGCCAUUUCUGGCUUAUUAGCCGUCGUCAGCCAGUCAUACCCAAUCCCGAAGUGUCGGUAAUGUUGCGAAUGUCGGUAAUGCCAUUCUGCCUAUAUAUAUUACAGGAAAUUGUGCCCUCUUCAAAAGACGAACUUGCCUGAAAUAGACGUCUUUCCCCCAAAAAUUACUAAUGGCCGUGUAUUGUGAACUCCCUAUUGUUCAGGUGACUUAAUUCUUCACAGCAAGCACAGGUGACGCCGCCCCCCCCCCUUUCCUCGCAAAAUACACAUGAAUAAAAUGGAAGGAGAAAGUUAGUCGGAAAAAAGUUUUACUCGUAAAUUUGCAAGCUGAUUACACCAACCCGUCAUCAGACGAAAUGAAAAAUGAGAGGUGGCAUUGUUGCACUGGUGUUUCAGGACGCAGAGAGAGAGAUAAGCAGACGACUUUACGAGGGGUGGGGGGUGUGCAUCGUGUUGUGGUGGGUGCCAGAGCUGAGGGGAGGUGGUGUGAGUGAGUCUCAGCUGUGGAUGACAUGCAUUAGUAGUUGUUGUUAUUACGGUGGGCACCAGUCAGUCAGCCGUCAUCGGAAACCCUCGUAGUGGUUAACAGGGAGGAUGAUGCUGUCUGCAAUGGGGUAGCAGGCUUCGAGGAAUUCCCGUGCCUGUUUAGUGUUAGCCAUGGUAAACACUGCAAUAUUGUUCCAACUGAAACGGUGGUCACAAUCAAGAGCGUUAGCAAACACGCGAGGUAAGGGGUCACGUUGGCAGAUAGCCAGCAUGUGUUCGCUAAUGCGAGUCCGUGCGUUAACUGUCGUUGCGUUUAUAUUGAACAUAAGAGUUGACAACUACAGCAGUUAUUCAACACAUAGAUAUGUACGUGUUUUGUUAACUGGCGCAACAAUUCGCGUCACCGAACAAAACUGCGAAGGCGAGCAUGGGACAAUAAGAUCACGGUUCUCGUGAUAUAUGCAGAGCAAGGAUGCCGAAUUGCUACCCGUUAUGGCCAACAAAUGGUUGGAGCAUUUAUAACCGAUGAGCAUCAACGACUUUGCCACCACCAUUUUGAACAAACCAGACUACACAGAAAAAAUUAUGUCACUCUUAAAAGGUGAUUCAGCAUACGAACCUCUAGCCACCGACCCCACAACAUCGCAGAACUCAUGUAUUGAAAGAACACUGAAACGCCUUGAAGGAAGGAAAUUAAUCUAGAGCGUUCCUCUCAAGUCUUUAAAACAGGAUCAAUCAACAAUCGCCAAGAUAUAUGGUCUUCACAGAAUUCACAAAAUCGAUAUUCCGCCGCUACCGAUCGGUGCAUCCAUUUACAAGAUCUCGAAGUGGCCAUUUCGCCAACUACAUCAAUUUACGAAGAACGCCGGGAACUCCGUUCAGGAUUCAAAAGAGUCUAGACAAAUUAGUAGGCGUCAGAGUUGCAUAUGAGAGGAAAAUGGUAUCAUUCGAUGCGGUCCCGCUCAUCACCUCGAUUCCGCCAUAUUUAGCGAGGAUCUGCACCGAAUAACUUCAAACAUACUCUUCUGAGGUGCCUGCAGACGCUUUACUCUAACUCUUAGAUUUCUAUCUGGAAACAAAUUUUUUCUUCCCCAAACAAUGCCAUCGACAGUUAAAAGGUGCUCCCAUGGGCUUACCCAUAUCCAGUUUUCCGGCAGAGGCCGUAAUGCAAAAAUUAGAAACCACAUCUCAUCCCACAGUUAGCCCCAAAUUCUGGCGACGAUAUGUAGAUGACACUUGUCGUUGUCAAGAAAAAUCAGUUGAAUCUGCUCCAUACCACUGUUAACUCUAUAUUUCCAGGAAUCAAGUUUACAUUUGAAACAUAGGUUAAUGGACAACUGCCAUUCCUGGAUGCCCCUGUACGUCGAAAAACUGAGGGAUCACUUCACACAUCAGUUAGUCGCAAAGAGGCAUACUCAGAGGUCAUCUUACAUUUUGAGAGUAAUCACCCUGUCUCUCACAAACGGAGUACAGUCUACAGCCUUCUGAAUCGAGCCAAAACUCACACGCGUUGGCACAGAAUUUAACUAAUCAUAGAAUCCUUUGUUAGACUCAGUUUAGAAAUUACUUGUUUUUUUUACACCCAUAGACUUAAGACGUGCUGGGGAGCCAGUCUCGAAAAUUUACGCAGUAAAAUAUACAGUUUUCAAGAUAAUUCCAUCUUCCUAGAUAUAUAUACAUAAUAACUAAGUAUUGUGGAGGGAGAACAUGCCCCCGACGUUUGGCUUGCAACGCCAGUCUUGGAUCCUCUAAGGAGAUUGCACAUCGCCAUGCAAUCCAGAAUGUGGAAGCAAUCGGGAUGUAACUUUACGGCAUAUAUGGCGGGGAGUUUGAUACAAAUUCUCGAUAACCAACCAAGCAUCGGCUCAAAUUUUAGCUCAUCCAAGCAUGGGACGUGGCAGAUGUCAACGACCAAUGAAGCGGGGAAGAAUCUGCAAAACUGAUGUGAUUUUUGGCCUUUCGAUGCACCGCCGCUGAAAAGACGAAGAUUCCGGACGACUCCCCGAAAGUAAUACCCUCCUACUUCAGAAAAUUUCAAAUCAAGAUUUCUAAAAGUUCGCUUACAGACUACAGCAUAUAUUUCUUGACAAACUAACCAAGUUUAAUGGGUGCGCGGUCGAUAAAUCUGCCCUGAUUGUCAGACAGAACACGAGUUUUCCGUCUGCCAGUGGAAGCCGCAGACGGUCACACACGGAAGGACAAAAAACCAUCAAAAGGGAUAUAAGCAAAGAGUAUAAUUGGUUUUAACGGCCUUUUCCAGUCAUACCCCAAUCACAGGAUACGAACAUUUGAUAUUUUAACCCAGGUGUGCCCGCUCAUUGAUUCGGACGUCCCAUCAGCUGAACCAUGUACUCACGAUCUGCUGGCAAUUUAUAAAAUCUCCGAAUUGUUUGACGCAGCGCAGUUUUCCCCUUCGUCCAGGAACCCUGGAUUGGAGCUGUGGGCUUGCCACUAGAUUUUCAGGAUUGACACUUCGGACGCAUGCAGUAGUCCGUCGUCGGGGCUAAAAGCGUUAUAACUACAGGGGGUAUUAGCCAAUCAAACAUUAGUGCUGCAGGUCUGGAGGCCUCUACGCGGGGCUCUGAAUGCCGAUGCUAGAUAGAUCGCCCGACUGGGUUCUCGUCCGCGGCCCAGGCUUCAGUCAAUUCUCCAAUUGCCUUGCCUCCGGCAUGGCUGUUAUUUUGGCGACCGCAAAGUUAAACUCGUGUCCCUCUCCCAGAGAUGUAGUUAACCGUUUGUGCUACCUCGUCAGCCCGUCGCGCGAGCAUGCGAGAUUCGAGCAUGCGUUUAAUCUGACCUGUGCCAUAACAAAGAAAGCAGAUCAUGGAGAUUUUGAACCAUCUUCUUCCUGACGAUAACAAACAUGUCUUCAACGUAACGGCGCUAAAAGAUCGACUCCUGUUGGUUAAAAGCAGUCUUUUCUAGCUAAUUUAGAACCAGUUCUGCCACGAAACCGCAGAUUGGGGGAGCUCGUUGUUGUCCCCUUGAUCUGCUCAUGGGUUUAUCCCACAAAUGUGAAGCACGUUUUUGACAAAAUUCGAAUUCGUUUGCCUCCUCAAAUCUCUCGCAAAUGACUACCUUUAAACUUGACACUCCAUUAUUGGCUUUGUAAACCGUAAGAAGAAAAACUUCAACAGCUCAGAUCCAACUGUCGGCCGCAUCAUAGUAUUUAAUUCAUCACGGUGGUCGCUCAUCUGCUUACAUAUUUGGCCUACUACAAAUACGAGCAUGCAGAUAUCUCGUUAUAUACCCCCGAUUUGCAGGCGAAUCACCCCUGACGGGGCAUUUCGGUCUCCGAAGGCCCGGUACCUUGUCAUGUUUGAACACAGCUCGAAAAGACAUCUGUAUUUGACUUUAUGAAGCCAUUUUAGCGAAGAACUUGUGUAAUUCAUCAUAUAACCCUUGUGCCAAUCACUUGAAACCAUUGGUGAGGUGCUUUAAGUGUCUGUAUAACCACUUGGCAAGGUUAAGUUGGAGAUCCAAUAAGUGGCACUAUGAUUUCAGCGGCACACCUGUUUUGUGCACCUUCUGAAGACCGUACGCACGUGCGAUACGGGGGUCAUUGAGGACCAUAGAUCUGCAGUCAUCGGGGCUUAUAAGCUUCAAUCGGGCAAGCUCAUUUACUUUUUUCUUGAUAGCCGCGGCUUGCUUUUUCGUUGGGUCUACAGCGAGUGGCGCAUAGGCUUCUCUGUCAUCGAAGAUUUGGUUUGCCUUGUUGACGUAGUCAGCCUUGUCUAUGAUAACGGUCGCUCCUCCUUUGUCAGCAGACAUAAUCACUAUUUUGUCACCUGUCAUCAACGAUCGCAACGCCUUUUCCUCUUUGGUCGGUAGAGUUUGAUGAUGUUUCCUUUGUCGAAGGAGACCAGCGGUGCAACUGCGAAUGUCCGGUGCAUUGCCCCCUGACCUCAUCCCGGAUCAGUGACCAGCCGCCCGCAUUCCCACUGAUCCGCAAUCCCCCCCGCGUUUUCUCUACCUCCAGCAUAGGGAGCCUCACGGUUAUUCCUUCCCCCCCCUGCCCCACAGCCUACUAUAACUCGGUGUCCCCACCCUCUCACACAUCAGUUGUCCGUUUGUCGUUGUCUGUCCUGUCACGCCAGCCGACCUGGUCUGCCGAUUUCACUUUUCUCUCUGUUCAUUUCGUCUGACGACAGGUCGGUGUCACUGACUUGAAAAUUUACGAGUACAACUCGAUUUUCCGAAGAACCUUCUCCUUAUCACCAUAUCACCUCGGAAUGCACACCACAUCAGAUAUUAAAGACUUUAAUAUAUUGCCUCGAAAUACAAUCCGUGGUCUAUGAGGUGUAGAGUUGGCCUGGAAAUUUGGUGGCUUGCCUCGUUUCAGCCAGCUGGACUUUGCAGCGAAGUUGACUGUGAGUCCUAUUCCAGUAGAAUCUAUCCGCUCUUGGAAAAAACCCUGUAUGUGAUUUGCCGAUAAUUCUUUAAUGGGGAGAUGUGACUGUAGAUGAAAGCAGGGGAAAAAUAAGCACACUUGGUGAAAAAAUCUGGGCUUCUGGAUCUCACGUUGAAUCGUAAUGAUAGAUGACUGAAGGGAAGGGAAGGCCACCAGAGAUACCGUGUCCUGGUAGUUUAGGCCAUGCACUGACCCUAGCCUUCCCGACCUUCAAACCGGACCCCGAGUAGAAAGAGGGGUCAGAUGUAGUUAUGUAGCCUCACCUGAAGUAAACAAACCCCAGCCACCUGUAAUACGGAACCGCUGGUAAUAGGAGUCUUUACAGGUGGGACCGGAAAACGCACAGGGGACGAGGUUAAGUAGUUGUAUGCAAAAGAAAAGCUAUCGGAAAUAUGCGGUUGUACUUUGAGUGGUUGAGAAAUGAUUGCCCUAACCCUAAUCCCAACAGUAUUGUGUCCAUCAGGGGGCUACAUGAGUGGCGCCUCCAGCACCACCAGAGCAGAUGUCCGAGUGCCACCGGGCAGACGUUAGAGCCUCUUGAGCGCGUACAUACAGUAGGUGGGCUAACUCAUGAAAUCUCAACAGACAUUCCGAAAUGCGCUUUCCUUUCGAAAACAUGAAUUAAGUAGGGUUGUAAAGCUAAUCAUCAUACAGCAUAAUUCUAUAAUAAUUCAAUUACCCCCAGACGCCGACUUUCGAACAAGCUUAUUUCCGACUGCAUCUAAAAACAUACUCCGUAAAGAAUGACUUCUUAAGUAGCAUUCAUUUUUCUCAUUGAUUUUCGAUGCCCUCUAAAGAUUCAAUUAUAUUUAAUGGAAAACAUGAGGAAAAAUAUUCAUUGUUAUGCUUAUUCGGUAGAUAACCACGUCUUCUUCCUGGUUUAUACUCGAAGAAAGGGUAUAAUUCGGUUUUCAAAAGGUUUCUGAUUGUGAGAUUUUUUAAUACCAUGAAAUGACCUUUCACAAAACGUCAUGUCUUUGCAUUUACCAAUGUGACUUGUACAGUUAACAAUGUGACUCAAAUCCACUCCUUAAUUUUAUGAACCCCAUACGGUCUUCUCUUAAUACCUCAGAGAAAUAUAUGGUUUUCCGUACGCAGAAUUUAUACGGCUUGUAGUUUGGAAACCCUGAAUGCACAUGUAACAGCAGGUGGGGUUCAGAAUUAUUCAGCAAUUAGAAAAAUUCUUUAAAACCGAAUUAUACUCUUCUUUCGAGUAUGAAAUUUGAAGAAGACCCGUUUUUCUACCGAAUAAGUAAAAGAGUGAAUAUUUUUAUGCAUGUUUUCCGUGAUCUAUAAUUGAAUGUUCAAGGGAAUCUAAAAUCAACGAGAGAAUCGCAUGCUACUUAAGCAAUCAUUUCUUGCAGAGUAUUGUUCUUACAUGCAGUCGGAAAUAAGUUCAUUCGAACGCCGGUACCCUGUGGUAACUGGAUCAUAAAAGAAAUGUCCUACAUGAUGAUUAAUUUUACAACCCUACUCAAUUAAUCUUUUCGAAAGGAAAACGCAUUUCGGAAUUUCUGUUGAGAUUUCACGAGUUAGCCCACUUACUGUAUCCGUGUCGAACUUGAAGUUGCUUGGCCGGUUCGCAUAUCUGUGAUUGGCCGAGGGAUAGGCUGCCGCUGAUAGGUACGCGCGAGAGGCGCAGUUUCGUAACAGACGCCCGGACUACGACCACAACAACAGAUGCAUUUGUCUGACAGCGGUCAAUGUGGCAUCGCAUGUCCUUUCUUCGUAUUUUGACUUUCAAACCUCCGCAAAAAUGGCCUAAUUGUUGUUGGCCUGAUCAACAGAGGUCAGGAUGCGAGGUCGUGAGGGUUAUCUGUUUAUUACAGUCGCAGAAUCCUGACGCUCCGAGGGAUGCUCUCGUCUAACUUUGCGGAAAGAUUGCCACGGCUUGUCCUCUUCUCCUUUAAAACACUCGCCUUCAGCAGUAACUCACCAAAUUUGUUGGUCCUUUCGGCGCUGCAAACAUUCUUAACCCCUUUCUCAGCUUGUUUUGUCGAUGCAUGAUGACACUGUUUAGACAGUUAAUUUCGUUAGUUUAGUGCAAGUGCCAAUUUUUAUGCGCCCCUCCCUCUCCGCCUGCCCCCUGAAAUACUUAUCUUCCUUUUCAAAGGUGGACUCUGGGACCCUGUAUGACAUCCGAAGUGAGGGACCACUGCCUUGUAGCCAUCAACGACCGACACAUAGUGACCCUGGGAGGUGACAGCCAUGGGUAUUCACAAACGUGGGCGGAAGUCAUGACGCUGAACACCGCACAGGACGCUGAACCUGCCGACUGGUUCCCGGCACGUGCCAGUGUCGACUGCUGGCAGUGGAUGCCGCCUAUGCUGAAGCGACGCAGCGAGCACUCUGCCUGUUUUUUCCGCGGUCGUAUCAUCGUUGUGGGCGGUGGAGGUGAAGCGACAUGCGCGGAGAUGUUCGUCUCCGAGGCGGAGAGCGAGGAGGACUGGGUGCCCCGGGGUCAGUGGACUCUCCUACCCCUCCUGACAGCUACCUCUCUGACCGUCUACGCGGAACGACUUUUCUCAAUUGGUAUGUAAACAUAAAAAUUAGCCCAUACUGCGUCGCGAAGUUUACAUUUUCGAGGCCUACUUUAGGCUUCCUUGUCGAAACAGCUGUGAUCUUUCAAAACUCCCUGUGAUGCACCUCAUUCGAAAGUCGGGCAGAAAAUCGGAAUCAGAGUCAUCAAGGCUUCGUGCUUUAUCCACCGUAAGCGGUUCGGGCGUGUGUUACCCAGGGCCUAACCUCUAGGUUUCCCAUCGCAGACGAGCGCACAGAAUAACUCAGUUGCUUUGGGUCCAUUUUGCAUAUCAGGCAAGAAGCUUAUUAUACGGAGUCCCUAGGCAGGGGUGAUCACCUGGCCGAACAAGGUAGUCAUUCAGCUCUGACCAAAAUUUAAGCUCAUCCUUAGGCCUGUGAAGCUGUGAUAAGCGCACUGGCGCCGGAGGCUAGACGGCACCGUUUCGGCGCUCGUGAAUUAAUGGUAACGGGGCGCUCACCGAUCGUUCAUACGGAACUUACUCGUUCCGUUGUGCCUUUUGGAAUCUCUCCCUCGAGCUCAACCAGCAGCCGCACAGCGGCGCAUGAUAUAUGGACAGAAUGGCAUUACCGACAAAGACAAGGGAGACUCGAAUGGUCAUUUCUGGCUUAUUGGCGUCGUCAGCCAGUUAUACCCAAGCCAAAAGUGUGGAACACCCGAGCCUCGAACUCGCGACCUAUUAGUUAGAAGUCCACGCCUCUAACCACUGCGCCACGAGCCCGUUGCCUGUUGCCCGUUACCAUUGUAUAUUCCCGAUCGAAAACCGACAGGGCAACGGCUCGUGACGCAGUGGUUAGAGGCGUGAACUUCUAACUAACAGGUCGCAAGUUCGAGGCCCGGGUGUUCCACACUUCGGGCUUGGGUAUGACUGACUGACGACGGUUAGUAAGCCAGAAAUGGCCAUUCCAGUCUCCCUUGUCUUUGUCGGUAAUGUCAUUCUGCUCGUGAAUUAGUCUGUGCAAGCUUGUUCAGCUAGCGAAGAAAAACCAGGACUGUCAGCACUGCUUGGCCGAAGCCCAUCACCGACUGGUCUGAGCCGGACUUACUAUUGGAGCACGAGCUGGGUGGGGAUAGCGAGUACGGUGCGUCGCAAGUCCUCCUCAUUAUGUUUUAUGGGUGGGCAAGCCCCAUUCCUGCCCCUGGCCAGUGGAGGUGUUUGUAGUGUGUUUGUUGAUCGAAUUAUUACCAACGAAGCAAACUUGGCUUCCUCUCAGAAAGGAUGAUGUCAGAGGGCCGCAUCGGCACGGUAUUGUUUCUAGUCCAUUCUGCCUCCAUUCAGCCAAUCACGGCCUCGAACACAGUCUGAAACCAAAACAUGCCCGCGCACACAUAGCUGGGGUCUACUGGAUUUGUCUCUCAAGGUCUUCUUCCCAAACAACGACUUUCUUCUCGGCGCCAGCUCGUCUAAUUUCCUUUUCUUGUCCCUUCUCGAGUUUACGAGUCUGUACGCCUUAGCUUUCAGAGGUUGAUUCUUUUUUACAAAAAAGUUUACCAAAGACUGUAGUUCACAGUCCUGAAAAGGCAGUUUUAUAAACAAGUCUUUUUUUGCAGUUGUUAUGGUAGGCUCUUCAGUUCGCACCACAGUAUUUCGGAGGAUAAACCUCUCCCGGUGUCCGUUUUCGUGGAGUAUAUUCAGCAGCUCCUGGAGCUCUGCUCCAAUAAUCGCAGGAGAGCAGAUACGCCGCACUAUUGGUGCUAGUCCCUGGACCAAGUUGUGUUUUGUAGUUAGGGGAAUAAAACUGUGAAAAUCAAAGUAGGCAACGGUAUAGAGAAGGACCCCACUUAACUGUCAGUACACUGUGGGCCGUGUCACAUGUGGUUUUAUCUUGACAUACACUUGUAGGCUGUUGCAGAAAUUAUUUCCCUGUCAACAACGAGUACCUCCCACGACCUCACACCCUAACUCAAAAGCCGUUAUUUUAUGAAUUUUACUUUUUAUUUAUUAUUUGAUUGCUAAUAUCAUAUCCGUUGUCGUAUAGUUGCGCAGAAUAAGACUGUCGGCAUAAAUUCAGGUGAUUUCUGUUUUCUUUCAUUUUGUCAACUUACUGCCCAGCGUGCCGCCUCACCCAUAAAACUCCCUUUACCUUAAAUCACCUAUGGCACGGUCCAAGGUCUACUGACAGUUAAGUGGGGUCCUUCUCUAUACCGUUGCCCUAAAGUAUUAUCCUGUCUAAUUUUUAUUUCGGAAUACCCUGCGGUGGAUAGAUCCAUCCCCUUGUCUGUGCCGAAGGACAUUGAGGAACGCGAUUUUGUUGCCUGCCUCACACUCUGCAGAAAACUUUAACUAGGAGUGUGCACUGUUAAACUUUGGGACCAGGGCGUCAGUGUUGGUGGCAAGAUCCGUCAGACAGAAAAUAUCUCCCGCGUGUCGACCGUAGAAGUCAAGGUUAUUAAUAGUAACCUUGUUCUCUCCACUGGGCCUAUGAAAACAUUUGCGAGGAAGGGACCAAGCGGUGAGCCCAUCGCUAUGCCGUCUAUUUGCCACUGCAGAAAAACUGAACAUUGUGUGAGCAAUGCGUCAGUGGUACUUUUAGCGUUUUCAUUGGCAUGUCUAUCAGGCAGUGUGUAUCACGAAUAACGCCACAGAGAUAGUUUACCGUUUCUGGCCCUCGUACGUUAGUAAACGGUGAUGCUACGUCUAAUGUGAGCAUCCGUCAGCGUUAAUACUCUUGAUAGCCUCGGCAAACUCGAAGGAGCCCUUCAGGCGACUUUGCAGUGCUUUUAGCUUUUUGACCAGCCACUUUGCAAUAGUGUGAUAGGGUAAAUUCCUCCUAUACAAGAGUGGACGUAGGAGUAGCCCGUACAUGUGAAUUUUUGGGAGUUCAUACAUUCUGGCUAUCACCGUGUCCACAAGUCUCAGUCGCUUAUAUUCCCUGUCAGACAAAUGACCCUCUUUGUGGACAACUUUGAGAACCAUCGUCAACUGACCUGAUAGCUGAUGCCUUCACUUUUCUUUAGAAGUGUGCGGAAUGUAGCCAGGUCUAGAGUUCCGUCGAUUGAAUACAAUAGACAAACAAUCCAAGAAAGUGGCCAGCCUUUUGUUUUGAAGUAGAACCGUAUCAAGCGGUGAAAAGGAAGGAAAAUAGUCGUUCAGUUCGAAAGAUUCGUCGCUUUCCUGUUAAAAAACAGACUGUUAGGCAGCGGUCACGUUUUGCCUUUGAGAAACGAACUAGACUCCACAAAGAAGUUCAAAUGUUGACAGACGAUCGAUAGCGAAGGCCCCUCUACCGCCGAAUGCCCGGAUAAUCUGAGUGACCAUUUUCAGCUUAUUUGCAGUUAUCAACCAUUCUCACGUUAAAGCCAAACCGAGGAAACUCGGAAUAUGAGCCUCUGUCCAGAUUGACCACUGGCCGAGAGACGCUCCGCGCUCUGGCCCACGCUACAACACUCUGUCCGCUACAAGUGGAGAUCUUAAAAGCCAGACGGGUCCGAUUUUUGUCGGUUUGAGAUUAUGUACGCCCCCUCCUUAUCUCCGAAGCUCCGACCUGGGGUUGGUGCAUAACUAGUCGACCUCGAUGAGUAAACCAGAAACGACAACUGUUGCCAUCCUGAUCUUGGCUGUUAAAUCCUGCACACGAGGGGUUGCCCUAUAGAUGCGUUGGAUUAAAACAGAGACCAGAGCGCCUCACGGUACGCGUCCACCACGCCGACGCCCCCCACUCACCUCCGGUCGUCUUGGUAUGUUUUUGUCACCAGAGCAGGGUGUGUGAGGCAGGACAGAGUGCGGUAGAUGAUGCGCAACUCUACCUCACCACGCACACACCGUCGCCAAGCUUCCAGCCCGUGGCAGACGCGAUGGAAGUCAUCGCUCGCGAUGAUCGAACUGUCGACAUUGUUAAAACCUUCCAAAAAUAUCGCAUCAUGAUUGCUGUUAUGAUUACAGACCAAGUCGUCUUCUGACGGGACAGUAUCAGUCGUAGUUUCGGCCUCACUGUUUCUUUCUUCAAUUUAUACUCCCCAUUUGUUCCUUCACAACCCUGUCACCCAAAUAUAAGAUGUGUAUGUCUUCUACUUCUUUUCUAAGUAUGAACGUUUACUGUUUCAUAAUCCUUGAUUUUCAAACCGACUAUCUAAAGGUUAACAUCUUUAUCUUGAACAGAUACAGACGGGGUAAAGUGUUGCCUGUUCUCGGAGUCAAAGAUGAAGGGAGAAGAGGAGGAUGGGCUUGAGUUGCCGGCACACGAAAACUUCCCACGACUGACGUCACUCGCUGUAAGUUUUGUGAAACACACUGCCCCCAUUUUUCAGUCCGGUUUGCGAAAAGAUCAGCUCGGGGUGACAUUUUGCAUCUCCUAAUUGGCCCCCUGUCAACCAAUCAGCGUUUGACCUCGGAGUUUGCUGAACUAACAAUGACCGCCUCUAGACUGCUACGCGACUUCAUUGUACAUCCGGUGGAAGAGAUCUCGUAACAAGCGUUUCACGGCCUAAGGUCUUUAGCGCCUCCUUUGAAGUCAGGCAGUUUUUAUAUGUCAUCUGAUCUCAUCGUGUUCGCACCACUAAGUGAUCACCCUUUGGGCUAACAGAAUUGCCACGAGACCUUUUUUCAUGAAUAUAGCUGGUUCGGUAAUGCGUCAAGAGCUUGUGAAGCAGUCUUAUUAAAGUUCUGCGCUUUUAAAUGAUUGUUGGAGGAAAAUUGAGUCGUCCGGGGUGUUUCCAAAGCUACCUCAUCAUCAGCGCGUUUGUAUUUUGAGGACAAAAAGUGACCAGGGGCGAACCCCCUGACAGCCAGGUCUUGAAAUAGAACGGCAUGGUCAGCAUCUUUACAAUAUUGAAACAAACCCAGUUUUGCGUAAGCAGUCAUGUAGUGAGGAUGUAGGAUCGGCGUCUGCAGACGCGACUAUCACACUGUGACCUUGCGGUAAACUCUGGCCAGCAGAAAUAACAGAAGAAGGUUACGUGGACAAAGUGUCUCGGAAUCAACUGAAUGCCCUGCGAGCCCCUAGCAGAGAACCACCGGGCGCAGAAAGGCACAACGAAUUUCACAGAGGAGGAGACCAAGGGGACCUGAUGAACCAGGAUAUCAAGGAAUAUGCCCCUUCCGCUUGCCCUCAUAGCCAACACUGGGUCCUUAAGACCGUCUCCUCGUCACUCCCAAACACGAAUGGGAAUUUCCAGCGACCGUGUUUCCCUUAAGAGCUUGCAUUCCCGCCUUUAUCGGUCACUAAUAAUAUUUAAAAAUCGCCGUCUUAGAUGUGCAACCUCGCGGCCGCUUUGAGGUGUGCAGCUGAGACUGAGGCCGUACCGUAGGUGGGCUAACCCAUGAAAUGUCAACCGAAAUUUCGGAAUGCGUUGUCGUUUCAAAAAGAUUAAAUAUGGUCGUAAAACUAAUCACCAUCCAGCAUAAUUCUAUAAUGAUUUAGUCACCUCAGGGUGCAUUCUUUCGAACGAACUUAUUUCCGAUCGCAUGCAACAACUAUACUCUGCAAAAAUGACUACUUAAGGAACACGCAAUUUUCUCAUUGAUUUUCGAUGGCCUUUACAAUUAAAUUAUAUUUCAUGAAAAAAUGCAUAAUAUUCAUCCUUUUACAUAUUCGGUAGAAAAGCACGUCUUCAUCCAGUUUUAUCCUUGAAAGAAGAGUAUUAUUCCGUUUUAAAAAACUUUUCUAAUUCUCGUAUAAUGUUGAACUCGGCCUGCUGUUAUGCUUGCAUUCAGGGUUUCAAAACUACAAGCCGUAUAUUUUCCGUGUACGGAAAGCCGUACAUUUCUCUACGGUAUUACGAGGAGACCAUAUGGGGUUCAUAAAAUUAAGCGGUGAAUUUAAGCAAUAUUGUUAAUUUUACAAGCCACAUUGGUAAAUUAGAUACUUGACGUUUUAUGAACUGCCAUUUCACGGUAUUAAAACAGCUCACAAUUAGAAACUUUUUAAAACAAAAUUAUACUCCUCCUUCGAGAAUAAAUUCGAAAGAAGACGUUGUUUCCUACCGAAUAAAUAAAAGAAUGAAUAUUUUGUUGCAUUUUUUCAUGAAAUAUAAUUUAACUCUAAAGGGCAUCGAAAAUCAAUGAGAAAAUUACAUGCUCCUUAAGUAGUCAUUUUUGCAAAAUAUAGUCGUUGCAUGCAGUCCGAAAUAAGUUCAUUCGAAAGCCGGCACCCUGCAGUAACUGGAUCAUUAUAGAAUUAUGCUGGAUGAUGAUUAGUUUUACAACCAUACUUAAUUAAUCUUUUCGAAACGACAACGCAUUUCGAAAUUUCGGCUGACGAUUUAGCCCUGCCGUGGUUUGAUGACCAGCUCUCUUAAUUCCAACUGCGCAAACAGCAUAGUUUGGCAAAGAAGACUUUUGUCAUAAAGCGAGUUCUAACAGACAUCGCCAAGCUGACCUCCUUCACAACAGCUUUUGCCUACAUGGUGGUGAUUGCCACGAGUGAAGCAUCCAUGUGCUGCUCCUUCAACCUUUUUUGCUUCGUGGACAUCAUACCCACUAUCAGACCUUCAAAAUAAGUAGUUAUCAUGCACCAAUCCGUGCUAAAUAGAGAACAGACGGAAUCAACUGUCACUUUCCAUAUCUUCGUAUUCGCCGCCAUAGGCACAUACGCUUACCCGGAAAGCCUACUUUUUAAAAAAUCCUAAUUAAUAAUAAGAUUUAGACCGAGGCGUUCAUUGCUAAUCGGGCAUUUAGUAAACCACCCUACCCAUAAUAAGACAUUCGCCGCAUUUUCAGCAUAACGAGGUCACGAUGCCGGGGGUACUUUUCCUCAACUCUAAAAAUGAAUCGUUGAGCAGAGUCGAGUAAGGAAGCUGCGUUCAAGGUAUCCUGAAGGUGUGCAGUAACGAACGUGUAUCCCAUGCAUCCAAGUCCUAGAGUCGAUCGGCAUGACAAGUAUUUCAGCGAAUUUUGAAGCCGAUUCAACUCAGACGAAGUGGCUCCGUCAUGAAAUUACUGGGCUCUUUGAAGUCUUCAGGCAUAAAUCCUGUGGGAUGUCUGUCCGAAUUGUUGUUUGUGCUGACGGAAAGGUCCCACUCCCGUCCGUCCUUCAACGAUGCACCUCUUUUUUUCAACGCAAAAUGUUGGCACCUAUUUUUCGACCGUCUUGCUGCCCCACGAGGGUGAUUGGCCAAUCAUAACUACUGCCCUCCGCCUUUUAGCUGGCCGACAAGAGCAUCGACUGGGAGGUUUUGCCACCCCUUCUCAACACUUACGCGCACGUUAAGGGAGGGACUGCGUUCUUGCCGGACUAUUUGUUUGAUUUCCUGGACUUCUGUGAUGUCUUCUCCAACUCUCUGUCUUCUUGA